AUGUUCACAGUCAAAGGAGGAGGGGUGGAGGAGGAGGAGGGAGCUGUUAGCGAAGCUUUUGAUGUUCCUAUGUUCCUGUGUGCGGUUAAUCUGAAAAGCCCAGAAGUGGAGGAUGAUUACAUCAGAUCAUGGGAUGAAAAUCAAGGCUCAAAUGAAAAUGUGGACACCACUAAAGAUCCUUGCCAGAAGGUGAAAUGCAGCCGACAUAAGGUGUGUGUUGCCCAGGGCUACCAGCGCGCCGUGUGUGUCAACCGCAAAAAACUGGAGCACAGAUUGAAGCAGCAGGUCAUAAGACAGGAGGAGAGUAACUGUAAGGCUUGCCCUGUGUCCUCCUCUAGUCCUGUUUGUGGAUCUGAUGGACACAACUACGCCUCUCAGUGCAAACUGGAGCAGCAGGCUUGUCUCACUGGAAAGGAGUUAAAAGUAAGAUGUGCUGGUCUCUGCCCCUGCACCACCACCGUGGCUCCCGCUACAGACGUGGACAGCAAACACGAGAGUUGCACAGGGCAGGACCUGGCAGAUCUGGGAGAUCGCCUGCGGGACUGGUUCCAACUGCUCCAAGGCAACGGCAAGCAGAACAGCACUGGGAAUCCUGUAGCCAGUUCUGCAUCAAUUGUGGACCGGACUCUUGUUGCAACCUGUAAGGACUCUAUUGGUUGGAUGUUCUCUAAGCUGGACACGAAUAACGACCUGUAUCUGGACCAAGCUGAGCUGGCUGCCAUUAAUCUGGACAAGUACGAAGUGUGCAUACGGCCCUUCUUCAACUCCUGUGAUUCCUACCACGAUGGCAAAGUCUCCACGGCCGAGUGGUGCCUGUGUUUUUGGAGAGAAAAGCCUCCGUGCCUGGCUGAGCUAGAGCGAAUCCAAGUUCAAGAAGGAGCCAAGAAGAAACCGGUCAGUUCAGAUACAUACAUUCCCAGCUGUGACGAGGACGGCUUUUAUAGGAGACUGCAGUGUGACAAGAGCAGAGGGGAGUGCUGGUGUGUGGACCAGCAUGGAGGAGAGUUAAUGGGCUCCAGAAUCCAUGGCAACCCCGACUGUGACGAGGUGGCCACGUACUCGGGCGAUUUCGGCAGCGGGCUCGGAUGGGAGGAUGAAGAGGAAAAGGAGGCUGAGGAGAACGGCGAGGAGGCUGAGGAGGAGGAAGGGGAGGUGGGGGAGGUUGAUGACGGCGGAUACAUUUGGUAGAAAACGUGAUUCUCUCCUUGUUCGACGUAGCUUUCUGUGGCCCAUUUCUACAGAGGCAGCUCAAUCUUCUGACAUUAAAUGGUGGACACUGGUGGGUCGGUCAUCUUUAUACUGCACUCCAAACAGCUUUGACUUGGGGAGGGAGGGGGAGGGGUGUCUUGGUUAGUGUUAGCUGUAGUGAGAUUACGGUAUUGGGAAUGAGUUUUCAAAUUAUUGGGCUUAUGAAUACUUGUGAAACAUCAUAUUUCUGUUGUAAGUGCAAGAGUUUUCUCCUGAAUCAGUCUCUAGCAUCUGCAAACACAAGCUCAGAAUUAGGCGCUUGAUAGGUGUGAUGUGAUGCGUUCUUAUGCAAGUCUAAUAAAUACAUCGUUUCAUCACUAUACGUUCGGAAAUGACACCUGUUAAGUCUCAAGAGUUUAAGGUACGACUUUAUAAAGUAUGUAUAUAAAGAUCAACAGGCUUUCAGGAUCUAACCUGCUUCAUUAGAUCUCCUGUCGACCAUCAGCAACUGCUUUCCUUGAACACUGAGAUUGCUGCUAAUGUUUUUGCUGUUAGAGUUUAUGUAAAUCGUUUCAAAUAUGUCCUCCAACUGGUCUAAAACAUAUAAACACAGAUUACUAUGAAGACAAAGAGACAAAACACCAAAAAGCUCAGUUAGCUUAGCUCAAAAAGCUAAGACUGUCGCUCUCUUCUGGCUCACACAGUCUCUGCAUUAUUUUUAUGCUACCUUGAAGUAGAUAAAUAGUCGUAAAUGUCUUUUGAAAUAAAGUAGCACAUUCGUCAAUGUAUUUGAGGAGCUUUUUCUCCACGCUCACAAACUAAAACCGAUUUUAGGCUACUUGCCAGAAAUACACAAUGCACUUCUACAAGACGAUCCUUGUCCUAAAGGCACUUUUUUUUUUCUCCCUGUCUUUCGUGUCAUAAUCCACUGAAAGCAGAGAUGGCAAAGCAUUAUAUUUUCAUAUAAAUUACAUCUCAAUGUAGUAGCUUUAUCCCUCCCCCCGACAUCAAAUCAUUGUUUUCUUUAAAAUGGACGGUAAUACAUCCUGAGAUAUGUGCGUUCUGGUUUCAUGUCUGUCAUAAUAGAAUUCGCUUCUCCACUAGGUCAGGCUGUAAUACAGUACUUGUGAUGCAACACGGCUAUUAUAACAAGGCAGUGUAUGGAUGAGCAGGAGAAGCAGGAAUGAAUUUUCAAAAAUGCAGUCUGACAUAUUCUCUCUCAUACACCCAAAGGGACCAAUCUGUCUUUGCAGAUGUCUUCUAAUCAGAUCUUCCCGUCAUUUGCAGUGAAAGAUGUGUUGGCUGUAAUGUUCCUAGGUGUAAAUCUGGUGCUGCAGGGAUUUAUAAUCAAGGUCUGAAUCUCAUAAUAUACGACUAAAGCUAAAAUACAUGAGUCUGGCAGUAUAAAAUACCUAAAGCAUCAGUUUUUAGGGUGAAAAUGCUGUGGAAUCAAAGCGGCUAGCUUGAAUUGCAAAAUGUGUAUGAAUUACAGGCUUGAUCUGAUAUGAUAAUUCACCCAGAUGUGAUCUCUGAGCUCCACAUAGCCACAGAAAAUGCAUUUGAUAUGAUAACAUCCGCGACGUAAACACAUUCAUCAGUGUACCGCAGCGUCCACAGAAGAGUAUAAAUCCUCCGAAUGUCAUUGAGAUGAAUCUUGGCUAUAUUUAAAUUACUUGUGGAUUAUUAUCAUAGCAUAGCCAAUAUCACCUUGCUGGUGUGAUGGAGUGGAAAGACGGCCAGCUCAUUAAAAGUCGAUAGUGAAUGUCCUGAUGUCUUACUCAGCAGUGUACAGGAGUCUGCUAACAGUGAUGUUAUACCACUUGGACUAGUGUAUGAUUAUAUUGUACUGUACAUGCCAUUAUUAUUGUAAAUACUUGGAUUUUACCGAUUAGAAAACAUAUUUACGCUGAGUUGCAGUAUAUUUGCAUUUAGUUGCAUGUUUCUUUGUCCAAGUGUGUCAUCUUUCUUGCCUGAAUAUGAUUAAAGGCACUGAGCCCGAA